AUGCGUAUAACAUAUACACAUUCAGCUUUUGUCAUUAACCGACUAGAAUGGACAGCGGCGCAUUGUUUGGGUGAUGGUCUAACUUAUGUGGUCGUGGGCACGCACUAUUUAACCGGUUUUGACGACGGAGACCUGGCCAAUGUCACCCAGGAAAUCGUACACCCCGAUCACUACGACGUGGGUAUCGUAAUCUUGGACCGCAACAUCACGACCAUCCAAUCUGUGAAGGUGUCGUUUGAAUUCGUUCCGGCGGAUGUGCUCACUUGGGUACGCGGCUGGGGAGCCGUCACGAGUCGUGGCCCCAAAUCGCGAGUGCUCAAGGAGCUCAACAUCACGACCUGGAACAACACCAGGACCGCGGCUGCGUUAAUCUCCUCGCCAGGGCCUGUGUACGAAACGGAGUUGGGUGCUGGAGGGGUGAGUCAGACUUGCGCGUGCCAUUAUGAAAGCGACAUGGCCAGCAUCUAA